UUUUUCAUCUCCUCUGGAUAGAUAAGCUACUGCACCAUUAGUGAGCUGUCCAUGCUGCAGAACCCCCCUGCAGGACCCCCACUGAUGUCAGCGAAGAGAGAGAUCCAGAGAGGGAGAGGCUGAGCGAGGUGGAGAGGAGCGCUGCUUCUGCUCUACUGUUAAUGUAAGAAUUUGACAGCUGGAACCAACCUCUGCAGAUAGGAGCCUCCUCUGCGCUGUGGCCACCUGCUCGCCUGCCUCGCCUUUUCAUUUGCUUUUACCUCCUUGCUCCCUGCAUCCUUCACCCCCCUUGUUGUGGUGCAUCCGAAUUGGGAUGCGGACCCAGCAGGGCUCGGAGGGGGGUGUGCCCCUGCCUGGGGGAAGCUGUGGUAGCAGCGGCAGCUCGGGGCUGUCGCCUGGCUCCGACUCGGACAGAGGGAGCCCAACAGGCGUCAAGGUGGACAGCAUGGUGGACAGAUGUCUUGGGAUGGGUGGAGGAGGCGGAGGUAGCUUGGGCGGAACGCUGAGGGGGGUCCUUUCUCGCUAUUGGAGCUUAGAGAGUCUGCAUUCAACCACAGCAUCGGUCGUACCUGACGGGGCUUCAGACAAGGCAGGACUUGGGGAGGAGCUCGGCAGCGAAGAUGAUCUGCUGUAUGAAGACUUCCGUAGUUGCGGCCAUCGUUUUGGUCACCCAGGAGGAGGUGGAGGAGAGCAGCUGGCGAUCAAUGAGCUGAUCAGUGAUGGCAGUGUGGUGUAUGCUGAGGCCCUGUGGGACCAUGUCACAAUGGAUGACCAGGAGCUGGGCUUCAAGGCCGGAGAUGUCAUCGAAGUAGUGGACGCCACUAACAAGGAGUGGUGGUGGGGUCGCAUCAUGGACAGCGAGGGCUGGUUCCCUGCCAGCUUUGUACGGUUGCGUGUGAACCAAGAUGAGCCCAUGGACGAUUAUCUUACCCACCUGGAGGACGCACAUGCUGGAGAGGAGAACCGGGAAGGUCUGGGCGCGAUUCUGGGACCCGGUUUACCUUGCAAAGAACAGAUGAGGACCAAUGUCAUCAAUGAGAUCAUGAGCACAGAGAGAGACUACAUCAAGCACCUCAAGGACAUCUGUGAGGGUUACGUCAAACAGUGCCGCAAGAGGACGGAUAUGUUCACUGAAGAGCAGCUUUGUACCAUCUUUGGCAAUAUUGAAGAGAUAUACCGAUUCCAAAGGAAGUUCCUGAAAGGCCUGGAGAAGAACUUCAACAAGGAGCAGCCGCACCUCAGUGAGAUCGGUUGCUGCUUCCUUGAACACCAAACGGAUUUCCAGAUCUACUCAGAGUAUUGUAACAACCACCCCAAUGCUUGCAUCCAGCUCUCUAAACUCGUGAAGGUCAACAAGUAUGUGUUCUUCUUCGAAGCCUGUCGACUCCUCCAGAAGAUGAUCGACAUUUCCUUGGAUGGCUUCCUGCUUACUCCAGUUCAGAAGAUAUGCAAGUACCCACUGCAGCUGGCUGAACUUUUAAAAUACACCAACCCACAACACAGGGACUACACAGAUGUGGAGGCCGCCUUAAAUGCCAUGAAGAACGUGGCCAGGCUGAUUAAUGAGCGGAAACGGCGUCUUGAGAACAUUGACAAGAUUGCCCAGUGGCAGAGCUCCAUCGAGGACUGGGAGGGAGAAGACGUCCUUAGCAGGAGCUCUGAUCUCAUUUUCUCAGGAGAGUUGAGCAAGCUUUCCCAUCCUCAUGCCAAGAGUCAACAGAGAAUGUUCUUCCUCUUUGAUCAUCAGAUGGUCUACUGCAAAAAGGACCUCCUGCGGCGGGAUAUGCUGUACUACAAGGGUAGGAUGGACAUGGACUGCAUGCAGGUGAUAGACGUGGAGGACGGCAAGGAGAAGGACUUUAACAUCAGCGUGAAAAACGCCUUAAAGCUGCAGGCACUGGCUGGUGACGAAACCCACCUCCUUUGUUCAAAGAAGCCAGAGCAGAAACAGCGCUGGCUGAGAGCCUUCGCUGAUGAGAGGAUUCAGGUCCAGCAUGACUGCGAGACAGGAUUUUCUCUUACAGAGGUCCAGAAGAAACAGGCUAUGCUUAAUGCCCGCAAAACCCAUCCAGCUGGAAAACCCAAAGCAGUGACCAGACCCUACUAUGACUUCCUUAUGCGACAGAAACACCCCUCUCUCCCAACUGCUUUGCCACAGCAGCAAGUCUUCAUGCUGGCUGAGCCCAAGCGCAAAACGUCCACGUUCUGGCACAAUAUUGGCAGAUUGACACCAUUCAAGAAGUAAAGACAACACACCAGAGGAGAAAGCUGUGGAGAGAAGGACCAGAGGGAGAUAAUUCUAUUCAGCUCGUGCCUGAUUGACCUUUUUAUAAUAGUCCCUUUUCUUUCCUACUCAUUGCCACAACUGACAUCCCAAUAUAUUGCAUAGAUGAUGAUGAUUAUAAUGAGGAGAAGAUCCUUCUAUGAAAGCACUUUAUAGGUUGGUUAACAAUCAGACUUGAAGAAUGGUUUCCUACACUGAAUCAAACAGGGAGUGGACUCUCGCUUAACAUCCUACUACAACUACUACACCACCCUCAAUGAAGCGCGGAUUGGUAUUUAUAAUACUACUGUACUGCUGUGAGUGAGCGUGGGACUCCUGAUUGUGCUGCCUCUGUGAACAUUGUAUCUUUUUUUACACUGUUAAAUUGUUUUAUGAUUUCACAGAUGCCAAGUGAUCACAGUGACAGGCAAUAGUGUUAUAUUUGUUUGUUUUGUGUCUGUGGAAAAAAAGGAUAAAUUGAUAGAUAAUUAUUUUCAAUGUGCAGAUAAUUAUAAUUAGGAUGAUUUCUGCUGUGUUUUGUGAAUCUAUCCAAAUGUGUGAUACAUGUCGUCAAACGCAAGAAGAACAGCUUUAAUGUAUUACAGGUUGGGAGUUUUUCCUUCAAACGAUCAGCAGUAAUCCAUAAACACACCUUGAGUCCUCCACUCCAACCAUGUCAAUGAAACGGGAAGAAAAGUAAUUUUUUUCUUUUAUAAGUGCCAUUUGAGGAUUGCAAUGGAUAACUUACAAUGGCAUGCAUGGAUGUGAUGAUAAACUACUGUGAAUAAUAUAUUUUUACCUCUGAAGAACCCUGCUAUAUUUAACCCGAUUGAGGGAGUGAGGUUUUAUGUGCUGCUGAGCUGACAGCAUCACAAUCAGAUGUUCUUCUAUCUACAAUCGCUAGUAUUCCUGCUUUGUGUUCCUGGUCUCCACUAUAAUCUAAUUUCAGAUCAGUGCAGCUCAGUAAUUCGAAGUGCAUUGAGUGAAAUGUGCUCCUUUCAUCAGUAUGUUGUUUUAGCCUCUGACCAAUGGAAUAUUAAACAUUCCUGAGCUUAUAAAUGUGACCGUCA